AUGCUAUUGAAGGAUUGUGAGGUCGAAUUCGAGACGAAAGACUUGUAUGAAGUGUUGAACGUGAAGAAGGACUGCUCGGAAGCUGAACUAAAGAAAGGCUACUACAAGCAGUCGAUGAAAUGGCAUCCUGAUCGCUUAUCCCACGCUGAUAAAGAACACCAAGAAAAGGCUAAACGCAAGUUUCAGACGGUAUCUGGCGUCUACACGUUACUUUCGCACAAGGAUAAACGUGCGAUUUAUGAUGAAACAGGAGCCGUUGACGACGAUGAUGGCUCCGAUUUUGCUACAUUUGAGAAGCUUUGGCGACGAAUGUUCAAGAAAGUUUCGCCUGAAGAUAUCGACAAUUACAUGAAAGACUAUCAAGGAAGUGACAUUGAACGAUGCGAUCUGAAGAUUAACUACAAACGUCACAAAGGCGAUUUUGACAUGAUUCUCGAAUCAACAAUUGGAGAAACAUGGUCAGAAGAUGAGCCUCGUUUUAAGGAAAUUAUCGAAGAAAUGUUCGCUAGUGGUGAAUUGAAGGAAACAAAGAAAUACAAGCAAACAACGACCAAAGCCGCUACAGCAAAACGAGAGAAACAGGCUAAAAAGGAAGCGAAAGAGGCUGAAGAAGCUCUGAAGGAACUACAGGUUCAGGUAGCCGAACCGAGUGGUGGAUUGGAAGCGAUGAUUUUGGCAAAUCAAAAGAAACGCAAAGACGGAAUGGACUCGUUCUUCGAUCAAUUGGCCGCCAAAUACGCUGACCCACCCACAAAGAAGAAAUCAAAAAAGGGCAAA